AUGGAAAAUUCUGGAAGUGAAGGGAAAGAGCUCGUAACUGGUGUUUUGUCUAAAAUAACUGUUGGACGUAUGGGAGAGACCAAAGAGAUAUCAUCAUUAGUUGCUUUUCUUUGUCUUCCAGCGGCAUCAUACAUUACUGGACAAAUUAUAUGUGCAGAUGGUGGAUACACAUCUUAA